AUGAGCGACACGGAGAAGGCUGCGGCCUCCCAUACAUCAGACCAAGGCACGCAGGAUAUUCCGCGUGACCCUGACGCGCACCUCAGUGAAGAAGAGAGGCUUGAAGUCGAGCGAAAGUUAGUCAGGAGGCUCGACUGGAUCCUGAUUCCAUGGCUAUGCAUCCUUUACCUCUUAGCUUUCCUUGAUAGAACCAACAUUGGAAAUGCGAAAAUCGCCGGUUUGAACAAAGACCUGGGCCUGACGAGUUCCAUGUACAACUCGUCGCUCACAAUUUUCUUCGUCUCGUAUGCGGUGUUCGAGCCCUUGACGAACAUUCUGCUCAAGAAAUUGCGACCGUCAAUCUUCAUUCCCAUCAUCAUGAUUCUCUGGGGGGCAUCAAUGACGGGCAUGGGAUUCGUACACAACUGGAGUGGGUUGAUGGCCGCGCGCUGGUUCUUGGGCCUUACCGAGGCUGGGCUUUUCCCGGGCGUUAACUACUACCUAUCAUGUUGGUACAAGAGAUCAGAAUUUGGCAUCCGCGCUGCCAUCUUCUUCUCAGCUGCAGCCAUCUCGGGCUCAUUCGGUGGCGCCCUCGCAGCAGGCAUCGAGCAAAUGGCCGGCGUCGGCGGCCGCCCGGGCUGGGCAUGGAUCUUUAUCCUCGAAGGCCUCCUCACCGUGGUCUUCGGCGUCGCCUCCUUCUGGAUGGUCCACGACUUCCCCGACGAGGCUAAGUUCCUUUCCGACGACGAUCGGGCCCGCGUCAUCCGACGUCUAAAGAUGGACCAGCAGGCCUCUGCCAACCACGAGGAGUUCAAGAUGACGUUCUUCUGGCAGGCCGUCAAAGACUGGAAGAUGUGGCUGGGCAUGGUCAUCUACAUGGGCUGCGACAUGCCGCUUUACGCUUUUAGUCUGUUCUUGCCCACCAUCGUCAACGAACUUGGGUGGAAUACGAGUAUCGUACGAUCGCAGCUGAUGACGGUCCCGCCUUAUGCUGCGGCGGCGAUUUUCACCAUCUUUAUCGGAUAUGUGGCGGACAGGACGAAACAGCGUGGUCUAUGCAACAUUGGAGUCAGCCUCAUCGGCAUGGUAGGCUUCUGUAUGCUCAUCGCUACCGAGAGCGCCCAAGUCAAAUACGCAGGCACCUUUCUCGGAGCUCUCGGCAUCUACCCAUGCAUCGCCAACACCAUCACCUGGGUCGCCAACAACAAUGAGGGCGUCUACAAGCGCGGCGUGGUACUGGGCUUUGUGAUUGGAUGGGGGAACUUGAAUGGUAUCGUCAGCUCCAACAUUUACUUCCACGGCCCUCGGUUCCCAGAGGGUCAUGGCGUUGUGUUGGCGUACAUGUCCAUUUUCUUGUGUGGCGGCAGUGCUCUCAUGACCACUUUGCUCAGGAUCGAGAAUAAGAAGAGGAGGCAGGGGAAGAGAGAUCACUGGGUUGAGAAUAAAUCUGAGAAGGAGAUUGAGGCGCUCGGUGACAAGAGGCCAGACUUCCAGUACACCUUGUAA